UUCAGCAGACUUAUUAGAAAUAUCUUAAAUAUCCACAGAAAACAAAGUAUUCAUAGUAAUGGCUCUGGUCGGAAAGUUAGAAGGCGAUGUGGCGAUCAAAGCUCCGGCAGAGCAAUUCCAUAAUGUUUUCAGUUGCAGACCACACCAUGUUAACGUUAUGAGCCCUAAUGUACAAAGUGUUGAUCUUCAUGAAGGUGAAUGGGGUAAGCCUAGCACUGUCAUCUGCUGGAAUUACACUCAUGAUGGAGUGCCCAAAUAUGCAAAGGAGAUUAUUGAAAAGAUAGAUGAUGUGAAUUUGUCAACAACUUUCAAAGUGAUUGAAGGAGAUGUGCUGAAGGAAUACAAGGAAUUUAGGUUUAUAGUAAAAGCUACACCAAAGGAAGGAGGAGGCAGCUUGGUGCACUGGACAUUGGCCUAUGAGAAGUUGCAUGAGGCUAUUCCUGAUCCUCACUCAUUGCUCGAUCUGGGUCUCCUUACCAGCAAGGAUGUUUGCUCUCACCUCACCCAAAAUGAAGUAGCCCAACCCAAUUAAAAAGAUACCGUAAUUUGCAUAAAUUUUUACGGUCUUGAUUUUAAUUAUACCAGAAUUUCUUAUCUAAACCGGAUUAAUAAAUGAUAUAUGAACCUAAUUAAUUAAAUAUUAAUAUAUAUAUGUGUGUGUGAUCGAUCGAUAUGUGAAAUAAAUAAAUGACGAUGUAUUGGUGAUAUUUCUUAUUGAUGAUGUAUUAGUGUA